UAUGAUCCACUUGAAGGUUCUAACAUCCGAUUGAUUACUAUAGAUCCUGCGUUGCAGGACGGAAAGGUCAAACUUGCUAUGGAACAAGUGCCGCUUACUAAAGGGCUUGACUUCCAUAUGCUUUCAUACGUCUGGGGGGAUGGGACAGACAAGCAUACCAUCGUUGUGAAUGGCCAACGAUUGGAUGUAACACAGAACCUUUACGACUUUUUAGAAACAACGCGCCAAUACGAGCCAGACUUCCUAGGCAAAGCGACCGGUCCCGCUACCAUGCCAAUGCGAUUCUGGGUUGACGCUAUUUGCAUCAACCAGAAUGAUCUGAAUGAGAGGAACAAGCAGGUACCUCGGAUGGGCGAUAUAUAUUCGAUGGCGAGCCGGGUAUGGAUUUGGAUAGGC